AUCUUGACUACGAAGACAUGCCUGCAUUAGAUAUAUAUAUAACUAUUGUUGGUAUAACAAUCCAAACAGUUCAAAAUACCGGUAGUGAUUUGUCUCUUGAAUUCUACAUAGAAGAAAAGGUUGAUGACAGAGAACUAUCCAAUUUCUGGACAAAAAAAACAUGA